UCCGGCGCAAAAUCCUGCGGGGGAGGAGGUGGGGCGACGGUUCUGGAGGCAGCGCUCCCGCGGGCUGCCUCGUUGUGACUCCUCGGGCUCCCGCGGCGGUGGUGGCGCUCGCCUCGGAGUCUCCCGCGUGCACCCUAGCCGCCUCCUAGCGGCGCGGCGCCCUCUCCUAUGCCUAAAAUGACGAAUGUGUGAUUUCAGUGGAAUAAAUGGCGUCCAAAGUCACAGAUGCUAUAGUUUGGUAUCAAAAGAAGAUUGGAGCAUAUGAUCAACAAAUAUGGGAAAAAUCUGUUGAACAGAGGGAAAUCAAGGGGUUAAGGAAUAAACCAAAGAAAACAGCACAUGUAAAACCAGACCUCAUAGAUGUCGAUCUUGUAAGAGGGUCUGCAUUUGCUAAGGCAAAACCUGAAAGUCCAUGGACUUCUCUGACUAGAAAGGGAAUUGUUCGAGUUGUAUUUUUUCCCUUUUUCUUCCGGUGGUGGUUACAAGUAACAUCAAAAGUCAUCUUUUUCUGGCUUCUUGUCCUUUAUCUUCUUCAAGUUGCCGCAAUAGUAUUAUUCUGUUCCGCUUCCAGCCCGCAUAACAUACCUCUGACGGAAGUGGUUGGGCCAAUAUGGCUGAUGCUGCUCCUGGGAACUGUGCACUGCCAGAUCGUCUCAACAAGGACACCCAAACCUCCGCCAAGUGCAGGGGGUAAAAGAAGAAGGAAAUUAAGAAAAGCAGCCCAUUUGGAAGUACAUAGGGAAGGAGAUGGCUCUAGUACCACUGAUAACACACAGGAGGGAGGAGUUCAGAGUCAUGCUGCAACCGCCUCUUACAGCGUUGGCACAGUCUUCAGAGAUCUCUGGCAUGCUGCUUUCUUUUUAUCAGGAUCAAAGAAAGCAAAGAAUUCAAUUGAUAAAUCAACUGAGACUGACAAUGGCUAUGUAUCCCUUGAUGGGAAAAAGACUGUUAAAAGCAGUGAAGAUGGAGUACAAAGCCAUGAACCUCAGUGUGAAACUCUUCGACCAGAAGAGACAGCCUGGAGCACAGGCACACUGAGGAACAUUCCCAGCAAAGAUACCCAAAGGACAGUAACAAAUGUCUCUGAUGAAGUCUCCAGUGAAGAAGGUCCUGAAACAGGAUACCCAUUACGCCAUCAUGCAGACAGGACUUCUGAGAGUAUUCUUCGGAAUAGAAAGUCACACCAUUAUAAGAAAUAUUACCCUAAUGAGGAUGCCCCUAAAUCGGGUACUAGUUGCAGCUCUCGCUGUUCAAGUUCCAGACAGGAUUCUGAGAGCACAAGGCCAGAAUCUGAAACAGAAGAUGUAUUAUGGGAAGACUUGUUACAUUGUGCAGAAUGCCGAUCAUCUUGUACCAGUGAGACAGAUGUGGAAAGUCCUCAAAUUAAUCCAUGUGUGAAAAAAGAAUAUAGAGACGACCCUUUUCAUCAGAGUCAUUUGCCCUGGCUCCAUAGUCCCCACCCGGGAUUAGAAAAAAUAAGUGCUAUCGUAUGGGAAGGUAAUGACUGCAAGAAAGCGGACAUGUCUGUACUUGAAAUCAGUGGAAUGAUAAUGAACAGGGUAAACAGCCACAUACCGGGAAUAGGAUACCAGAUUUUUGGAAAUGCAAUCUCUCUAAUCCUGGGUUUAACUCCAUUUGUUUUCCGACUCUCCCAAGCUACAGACUUGGAACAACUCACAGCACAUUCUGCUUCAGAACUUUCUAUGAUUGCGUUUGGUUCUAAUGAAGAUAUCCUAGUUCUUUCUAUGGUUAUAAUAAGUUUUGUGGUUCGUGUGUCUCUUGUUUGGAUUUUCUUUUUUUUGCUCUGUGUAGCAGAAAGAACUUAUAAACAGCGAUUACUUUUUGCAAAACUCUUUGGACAUUUAACAUCGGCAAGGAGGGCUCGAAAAUCUGAGGUUCCCCAUUUCCGAUUGAAGAAAGUACAGAAUAUAAAAAUGUGGCUCUCUCUCCGGUCCUAUCUUAAGCGUCGAGGUCCUCAGCGAUCAGUUGAUGUAAUAGUUUCAUCUGCUUUCUUGUUGACUAUCUCAGUUGUAUUUAUCUGUUGUGCCCAGUUGCUUCAUGUACAUGAGAUCUUCCUUGAUUGUCACUACAAUUGGGAACUGGUAAUCUGGUGCAUCUCGUUAACACUUUUUCUCCUAAGAUUUGUUACCCUUGGAUCAGAAACAAGUAAAAAAUAUAGCAAUACCUCAAUAUUACUUACUGAACAGAUAAACCUCUACUUGAAAAUGGAGAAGAAACCUAACAAAAAAGAGGAACUGACACUAGUGAAUAAUGUUUUAAAACUGGCUACUAAACUGCUGAAGGAAUUGGACAGUCCCUUUAGAUUGUAUGGGCUUACAAUGAAUCCACUGCUUUAUAACAUCACCCAGGUUGUCAUCCUGUCAGCUGUUUCUGGUGUUAUCAGUGACUUGCUUGGAUUUAAUUUAAAGAAAACUGGCUGUAGCCUGGGAUAUUAAAAUUCAUUGCCAGAAGGAUAGUGGUGUUUUCAAUCAAAUGACUGCACGUGAACUCAGCACGGGAGAGUAUGGCCAACAAUAAGAUCGAGUAGCAGAAGUCAUCUACACUCUAAUGGAUCAUGGGUUCUUUGCAGCAUGUGUAUGACCUUGGGCAAGUUACUUGACCUCCCUAAUCCUCGUCUCAUGAGAUGGAAAGCUGCUGCUGCUGGAGCAUGAAUUGGUCCUUUUUUUUGGCACUUCUCCGGAGACCCCGUUGAUCCCUGUUACAUGCUGACAGCACAUAUUGCUAUCCAUUAUGUUCACUUGGUGAAAGCAUCCAAGAAAAGCAUCAGAAACCUAGAAUCUACUCCUGCCUCCAGCAUUUACCAGCAAUGUGAUUUGGGACCAACUACUCAAUCUCUCUAAGCCUGAAGUUCUCCAUUUAUAAGGAUUAAAGCAUGUGACAUGGACAUGCUCAGUGGCCACUGCUGACCAACAGGAAUGAGACCGCAGCACUGCCAUCACGAUGUAAUGACUUUGCCUGAAGGAGCUUCAUCCCUGGGGAAUCAUAAGUCAACGUGCCAGUGAACGUUCAGAUUAAGCCACAGGUGACAGAGAGGUGACCUGCGAGGAAUAAACUACUUAUUGUGGUAAAUAAGUAUCUGCAUUAUGGUUUUCCCAAGCGGCUGUUAUCUCCAGCAAAAAUGUGUACGGAAGAGGAGAAUGUAACUCAAAUCAAGGAAGAGUUCACUGGAUCCUGUGCUGAAGGGAAAAGGACCCCCUUAGAAGGAAGCCGGCAAUUGUCGCAGGGAGAGAGGGCCCGUCUCCUGCCCCACCCGUCACCCGACAGCCUUCCAGGGCUCCCGGACUGGGCUGCAUCCUCCCCUGAGCCCUGAGCAAGAGUCCCUGCGCUUCUCUUUCUAGGGCUGGGACUCAGAGACCCGUGGCUGCCUUUUGGAUUAGAGUCUUCAGGAAGGUAACAAUACUGCUACCACUGUUGGUGUGACUAAUAAUGACAACAGCUAAGAGCAUGGUGCUUCUCAGGGACCAAGCACUCUUCUACACCCUUGAAAGUGUCACACUCUGAAUCUGAAUUGAAUUGAAAAUACUCAGAGAUUGGAAACACUUUUUACAUCCUUUGCUCAAAUGAAUACAAGUUCUGCAAAGAGAUCUAUGGAUUUGAAAUACAGCCCUGUCUGAAAUGGCAGAGAGUGGAAAUAAGGGAUGAGAAUAAUCAACCAUAACGUACCUGGUUCAUGGGAGAAAUGAUGGAGACAGAUUACAGCCACCUCUCGCCCAAGAUGGAAGAAGGGGAAAUGAGUUACUCAGAGGAUGCUCUUGGACUCGUUAAAUCCACACCUCUGGGGGUGGCUGUCACCUCUGCACUCCAGCCAACCUCCUGAGCCCAGCGUCCCAGGUGGACAAAUUUUCACAAAGGCUGCAGACACACAACCUUGAGGACAGCAGGAACCACCAUCCACGUUUUCUUGUCAGAGAGUCGAGGGAUCCCAUCUAGCACCGCAGGCAGUCAGGAUGGCCCCCGCCUCGCUGCGUCUUGUGGGCCACAGGCCUCCUCUGAAGGCCAAAGGGUGCGACUGGGGCUGUACAAGAAGACGAUGGGAGCAGCGCUAUAGCCCCAGAGAAGGAUGAACAAUUACAGAUGCUGGUAGAUCUACCUCCUGGAGAACCCACCUGAGAAAGGACCUGAGCCCAUGAGGCAUCCGUCCAGACAGGACUGGGAUCUGUCUUGUCGACUGUGGUGACCCCAGUCUUAACACAGUGCUGGGCCCACACUGAGUGUUAACAAACAGCAAAUGAAUGAAGAAUGAAUACAUCAGUCGGAGAGCGCUCCUCUCUUGGAAAUGGAACCACAACCAACCCUCAUCAUUGAGAGAACUGUGGAAAGACCUGGUAUACUUGAAAUAAAUGUACCACAGCACAGGAGGAGCAAAGAGGCGAGCUUGGUGCCCCACAAGGACCCGAGAAGGAUGAGCACCCCACGGCGGUGUCCCGGCGGGGCCACAGGCUUCUCCUCCCUGUGAUCCCAGACGCUGGCCGGCUCAGCCCUAGGGAGGGAAGAGGCACGCCCCAUCCUGCCUCUUGCUCAACUUUCCCUGAGUUGGCAAGGUCACCCACAGGGGUUCAGAGGCCAGAAACUACACUGGGAAUGAGGAUGUCCUCCUCCGCUUCCAGUCCAAGUAGAGCAGCGGGUCUCAGCCUGGAGGCACAGGAGAAUCCCCUGGCGGAAGCACCCGGACUCAUCACGGACUCUGGUGAUGGGACCCAGAUGUGGGUUUUUUAUAAAACUUGGCAGGUGAUUCCAACCUGCACCCGGGGCCACCUCAGAAUUGGCGGGCCUUACGGGGAUAAUGGGAACCACGUACUUUUCACCUGAGAAGAUUAGAUGCUCUUCACGUUUACCUUUUGUUACAUCACUCCGUGUUCAAUACGGUUCGACUCAGGAAUGACUGGUGAUUUGCACAGAAAUAAACAAAUGCUAAACGGCUGAUGGAGAAGUGUUAAUCCUUUGACUGGUCUUUUCGUAGGUCAUCUGUCAGGAGUCUAGAUAACUCUGUUGGAGCCUGAAGAUAUGCCUACACCUGCCACUGUGCCCAAAGUGGAGGGUGAGCAGCUGGGGAGAAAGCUCAUUGCCCUCCUGCGUCCUAUGCAUCAUUUGAUCCCUCCAUCAGCUGCUCUGCUUUGUAUGGUAGUGGGGGAGGACGGAAAACACCUGAGGCUUCUUUUGUUUUAGCACCAGUGGCCAUGUCUACUUCUUACCUGAAGCCUGCGUGCUUUAUCGUGAGCACCGGUGCAAAGGAAAAUCCACUGGCCACAUUCCCUCAGGGCCAGUCACCUGAGACUUCAGGAUGAAGCUGGAGAGUCCUCUGCCCUAGUGGAGGCUCCCGUCAACCUGGAAACCCAGCUCCCUGAAUGCCAGCCUGAAAGUGGAGGUCAGAAUCUACCAGAUUCCAAGCUCUGCUGUCCCUCUGAGUAGUUCAUUUAAUGGGCCUUCUUUAAAUAAGCCCUCCUUCUAAAAUCAUCAUCAUCACCAUCUCACAGAACCCUACUCUAAGAGGUGAGGCUUCUCUGCGGACAAGGCGAAGAGGUCUGGUGGGGAGUGAAUGAGCGGCAGCGGCGACGCCUUCCCGUGGACACAGGGCCUGCAGCCCCCAGGCUGGUCAGAAAGGAAGGACUGAGCAGGCGAAGCUGCUCCCUUUACCAGGGUCUGUUUUUAAAGCUGAAGGGUGAUUGCAUUAAAAUACACACUCAAAUCAUCUGUGAGUACAGAAAACAUGGGUCCUAAAUGGCUCCUCCUGAUCUCAGCUCAGUAAUUUUAUUUCCCUUAUCCUCUCUUUCCUCUAAUAAGGUUUUUGGAGAGUUCUGCUCUUGACCCCAAAGAGUCAGGGUCAUGCAGCCUUUGUUCGGGUUCCCAGUGGCUGAAGAAUACGUUCUUUGCUUACAUUGACAUACUUCGAUAAAUGACCCAAAGAGAAACAACACAAUAGUUUCGUUGUGCUAAGAAAAUGGCAGCUCUUUCCUGUUCUGGCAAACGUCACAGGCCCUGAGCCAACGGGGGUGCCUAUUGCUUUUUAAGACAGUAUUUUAAAAGUCUGCGCUGUGGAGUCAAAUUGCCCUGGUUCCAGUCUCUGAUCAUCCUCCGUGAUCAAGGCCAACCAGUGCUCUCUAAGCCUUGGCUUUCUUACCAGUGAAACAAGGGUAGUUAUAGUACGCACCUCGCAGAGUGUGCAUGAAGGCUGAGUGAGCUCAAUAACCAAGGCGCCGUGAGAGUGCCAGACACACAGUCGAUAUGAAGUAAAUGCAAAGUGAGUUAAAUGCUGUCGUUAUUACUGGUUAACCACAAAAACUCUGUCCCCUGGAGACUCUCUGAAGGCCUGACUGGACUGAAUCUCCAGGAAUCACUCUGAACAAGUCAGCUUUCUCCAUAUCCAGAGUAUUACAGCUGGUGACCCCUGGAAAUGCCAAACACAGCCGACUGACACGACUGCCAGACCCUCAAGACCCUGGAGUCCAUCAAUACAUCAAUAUAUACAAUAUGCAAGAAUCUCCCAGCACCCCUGAAACAAGCUGAGUAAAGCCUUUGAAUCAGGCCAGCCGGGCACAACUCAGUGAAAAGAACACUGCUUUGAAGUCAGAAGACGGGUUCCAGCACACUGUCCAUUGCUUAUUAGCUGUAUGACCUUGGGCAAACCACUUAACCUCUGUUGGGCCUCAGUUUCCAUCACUGUUAAAUGUUAACUACUUUCCUUCUUAAAGUUCUUAUUAAACUACUUGAAGUUGCCUUGUAUGAAAGAUACACUAUACAAAUAGAGAGUGGAAUAUAUUAUUUUCCUUACCUGUAUUACUUGACAACAACUCCUUAAAAGAGUAAGAAAUUUUUGCUACAUUUUAGUGAAUGAAAUUGGUAUAAGAAGCCUUGGAUAAAACCAAAAAUAGACUUACCAUAUGAUCCAGCAAUCCCACUCCUGGGCAUAUAUCCAGGGAGAACCUUAAUUCAAAAAGGUACAUGCACCCCAAUGUUCACAGAGGUACUAUUUACAGCAGCCAAGACAUGGAAACAACCUAAACGCCCACUGACAGAUGACUGGAUAAAGAAGCUGUGGUAUAUUUAUACAACGGAAUACUAUCCAGCCAUAAAAAAGAAUAAAAUAAUGCCAUUUGCAGCAACAUGGAUGGACCUGGAGACUGUCAUUCUAAGUGAAGUAAGCCAGAAAGAGAAAGAAAAAUACCCUAUGAUACCACACAUGUGGGAUCUUAAAAAAAAAAAAAAAAAAGAUAUGAAUGAACUUAUUUACAAAACAGAAACAGACUCAGGCAUAGAGAACAAACUUAUGGCUACCGGGGGAGAAGGAGGGUGGGAAGGGAUAAACUGGUAGUUCAAGAUUUGCCGAUACUAACUACUAUAUAUAAAGGAGAUAAACAAGGUCCUACUGUACACCACAGGGAACCAUAUUCAGUAUCUUAUAGUAACCUAUAAUGAAAAAGAAUAUGAAAAAGAAUACAUGUAUGUACAUGUAUGACUGAACUAUUAUACUGUACACAAGAAAUUGACACAACAUUGUAAGCU